AUGCAUAUCAAUAAGGUUGUUCUGCUCAUCGCAACUAGCAUAAGUUUUUGCCUAGGUGGAAAUUUUACUGAGACAAAUGCAGUGUCAUGGCUAGAACAAUAUGGUUACAUCACCACAAGUGAAACUGCCAACACUGAUAUUACUGAAACACUAGAACAGUUUCAAGAAAGAUAUAAUUUACCGGUGGAUGGGAAAUUAAAUAAAGAAACGAUGGAGUUAAUGCAGAAACCACGAUGUACCCAAGGAGACAAUGCUUACGCUGUAAAAUCAGCAUGGAAAAAAUUUGAUAUAAAAUGGUAUUUUCCUCAAGCAAUCCCUGAAGCCUUGACAGUCACUAAAAGAGUAUUUGAAAUAUGGGAAGAAGCAUCAAAAUUUAAGUUUACUUAUCUGAGAAUCCCAAAUCCACAGCCGGAUAUAACUAUAACAGUAGUUCAAAAACAGCACUAUUUUCGAUACAAUUGUCAGGGUAACGACGAAUGUCCUUUUAAAUUUACAAAUGGUGUAUUAGCACAUUCUUAUUUUCCACCUACAUCUGGGUGCAUAGAAAUUCAUAUGAAUAGCAAUCUAACGUGGGAUUUCAGUUUGAAUUCUACAGUAGGUCGAACAAAUUUCUUUGCAGUCCUUCUCCAUGAAGUUGGUCACGCUUUAGGUUUAGCACACACUAGCGAUUAG